AUGAAGGAACUGACCACAAGGUCAUCAGUUCCUCCGCCUACGACGCCGUUGCUGCGCAAGAGCUCAAGCUUACCCGCGUACGAUAUGGCGCUGCACAGAGACAAUGCCAUGGACGCAAACAGCUAUAGUGAUGAUGGCGUAAAUAGCGCACGCGUAGCGUCCAUUGUUGAUGAAGAAGAUAUUGUCUCCCUUUCCUCGGUCUCUGAGCUCAGUCUGUGUGGUACUAACAUGGAUGCUACAGUCUCCACGUCCGCUCCAAACGCUGUCACACCACUAGACGCGGCAAUAUCAUCAUCUCCGUCGUCGACUACGUCAUCUAACGACCACGAGACUAGUAAUGUACCCGGCGUUACGAUUGAGCAACAAGACCUUGGCGAGGGCAAGGAUACCGUAUCUCAACUACAAAAGAUGGAUCGCACACGCGCUGCCCCGACGCUAGAGCGGUCUCACACAUCUAGUGAACUUAUUGGCUUACACACAGAGAAGAGAUUAGCGGCUGAAUCGGCAUAUGCUAGCCAGUCUUCCGGUUCCGCUCCGUCUUUUGAGAUCGAAAGUGUAUCGCUUCCUACAGAUGGCGUCACCGAGGCGGAGUUUGACAAAACGAUUCACACUGUCUUUUCAGUUGAGGUGAGACUACAGGGAGGACUACAAUGGAUUAUUCGUAAGCGUUACUCAGACUUUCGAGAACUUCAUGAACGCCUCAAAAGAACUAGUUCGCCUGUGAAGCAGCUGUAUUUUCCUAAGCGUCACUUGUUUCGCAAUCGUCAUCAAAGCGUUGUGGAGCAGCGCCGCAGCGAGCUGGAAAAGUAUAUUAACGAGGUGCUCGAUGUCCGGCCGCUGAUUCGCGUACCUUUGUUUAACUUUUUGGAAGUUUAUGCGCACAUGGAAUCAUACGAACGUAAGCUUCAGCGACAUAAGAAAGAACUGGAGUCGGAAAGAAUGAAAAACAUGCUGCCUUACGAUCGCUUGGAGGAUUUUUCGGCAGCAUUUAAGCGCCUUUGCUCCUCCAAAUAUUUAUACCACGGCAGUACAUCUAAAGUUGAUAUGGAAAACUCGCGCGGCUCUGGGAGCAGCUCGAUUCUUUCUAACUCUGGUGCGCCUAGUGGGCGACCUCCCACUUCACCUGGAACGGAAGUGAAGGUAGCCGGUGGUGAGCUUUCGAAGGGCAGCACUACUGAUGAGCAUGGAAAUCGCCAUAGCGUUAUUAUGCACACGGCUGGAUCGCAAAUUUGUAUUAGUCGUGCAUCUUUCCGAAGGGAUAUUCUCGGUGUAUUUCCGGACAUGCCCUCGAGUUUUGCGAUGCGUUUUAUGAAAGCGGUGUCCGACCGGCAGGGUUCGGACAUUAACAUGGAUGAGUUUUUGCGUGCAGUGGCAAUUUUAAAUUGUGGUACAAUGGACGAUCGGCUUCAGUUCAUUUUUAACAUGUGCGAUCUAGACCAUUCCGGAAAAGUGCAAAGUACCGGGCUUAGCAACUUUUUGGUCUCACUGCAUGGGAGACACAUUUUGGAUCGUCCGGAGUAUCGUCGUUUGCUAAGUGAAGGUUUUGACCAAGGUCGGGUACGCAUGAGCUGCGAUGAUUUUAUCAAGAUUGUGCCGGAGCUCAAUGCAUAUCACACCCUCGUGGACUGGAUGGCCCCAUUCGCCGAGAUCUUGUGCGAGACAGCAGAUCCGCAGUUGCUGGAGUCACAGGAAGAGUUUAAUCCUGCGGUCCAGCAGAAAAUUUUGGCUAAUGAGACACAUUUUACUGCUAAGGAGGUAGCAAUUCUACAAGAUGCUUUUAAUAACUACCGUGCUUCUGGUGGCGGCGAUGCAGUUGAUGUGGACGCUCUCACCAGCGACUUUCCGUUGGAAAUGUCUGAAGAUCGAUUUCAUCGAGUGUUUUCUAGCUUUGGCUCACGUGCCAAUGGCUCAGAAAUAGACGUGUUUAGCUUUGUUAGCUCAUUGUCAAUUGCUUGCAGGGGCACCGCUAAUGAGAAAGCUCAGUUUGCCUUUAAGCUUUUUGCGAGCGUUGAUGAUGGCUUGUACAUGACGCGUGAGGAUAUUUAUGGUAUGUUCAGAUUGGAUAUUACACAGAAUCCAGACCUGGAAAGCGAAAUCACGGCUAUCAUUGAUAAAAAAUACCCAGCAAUUAAUGCUACGAAGAGUUCAUCGUCUUCAUCUUUGCUUGAGAGCAUGGGUCCUAGAACACCUUCAGUUUCGGGGUCAGAGCUGGGCAUUUUUGUUGAUGGUGUGAUGAAAACCUUUGGACAGAGAAGGAGCAUUAGGGAAGCAAGUUCUUCCUUGGCACCAACAAAGGCGUUAGCGCUGACGCUCGAAGAAUUUACAGCAUGGGCGACUAAGCAAAAAUAUGAGAUAUCUACGCUGCGAAUCAUGCGCGAGGUGACAUUUAUCGAUCUUGGUCUUGUUCCGGCGACUAAGGAGGAAGAAUUGUUGGUCGCGACAGGGUGCUAUACCCCAUAUGAUCCUACUACUUUAGUCGAAGAUGAUCGGUGGUAUUUGCUUGAACGUAAGUGGUAUAUACAUUGGUGCAGAUACAUCAAGAUUCGUGUGAAGGAAUCUCUGGCUUUGACGCCUUCGGCUACGGACACAAAUACGGUCUCCACUUCUACGUCAACUUCUAAUACAUCAAAGAUGCAGGUUACUGGUGGUAGCACCUCCCACAAGGAUAACUACAUGAAAAACCUUAAGGGGGAGAUUAUACGCCCAAAGUGCAUCAACAACUAUCCGCUGCUCACAAGUGACCGUCGCGAUCGUAUUCUAAAAACAACCGAUGACAUAAAGUACGGGCGUCACUAUGUCAUCAUUUGCGAGCAAUUGUGGAUGGCGCUCAAAUUGUGGUACGGUGGUGGACCAGAAAUUCAGCGGCGGGUUGUUAUCGCCGAUAACGGUGAACCGAUGCUAGACAUUUGGGAAGCUGAUACGAAAAAAACUGUUUUGAAGAAGUCGAAGGCCAUGAAAACCAAUACAAACGCUGAAGAGGACGGGGAGGACGACGUUAUGGGAGAUGAUUCAUCAUCUGUGCCGUCUGAAGAAGAAAGUCGUCGAAAGCAGGAGCUCGCUCUCCCCCGUCGAAUGCGAUCGGGAGGUUCUGUUGGGCUUGCCAAUCUCGGCAACACCUGUUACAUGAACUCUGCGUUGCAGUGUCUUACCAAUACAAAGCUGCUGGCCGAGUACUUCUUGACAGGAAUGUAUAUGGAGGACAUCAAUCGCACAAGUACACUGGGGCUACAAGGUAAGCUGGCCGAGGUAUAUGGAAAGCUCGCAGAAGACAUGUGGUGUGUAAAGCAAAAGUCAAUAUCCCCGCGAAAUUUUAAGAAAUCAAUCGGCAAAUUCAAUGAAGCUUUUCGUGGCAACGAUCAGCAAGACGCGCAGGAGCUUCUCGCGUUUUUGCUCAGUGGAUUAAGUGAGGAUCUUAAUCGAAUCCACGACAAACCCUACAUUGAACAACCAGACAGCGACGGGCGCUAUGAUGGCGACCUCGCCGAUGAAUGGUGGUGUAAUCAUCUGAGGCGAGAGGUAUCAGUCAUUGUUGCGCUGUUUACCGGCCAGUACAAGUCGCUGUUGACAUGCAGUGUGUGCAACUUUAAGUCAGCACGAUUUGAGCCCUUCACAUUUCUCCAGGUACCGCUACCGGAACCACAGCACAACACGGUAACCGUACAGUUGGUGUUAGCCAAAGGUGUCACUCCAGUGAAGGUUUCCGUGCGAUUGAGUAUUUCAGCGACGAUUUUCGAUCUAAAGCACGAGCUUAUGAAUAUGUGCCACAAUGAGUUCGACCUACCUAACGUAACCGAAAACGAUUUUAAAUUAUGCGAGUUCAGUGGAUCAAUGAUCUUGGGCUUCAAGGCUGACAAUCGCCGGAUUGGUCAGAUUCGCAGUGUUGAUCGACUUAUCGCUUUCCAGUUAGAACCGCUUGACAUGGAGACGAUUGAGGCCAUUCAGCACCGUCGUCCAUCGUUCGUUCAGGCGGUUGGAGUGGGUGCUUUACGACAAGACGAACCUGAUUACUCAGAUUUCUACAAGAAUCUGACCAAAGGAAUGCUCGUUGAUGUUCGUAUGCGAGCACAAUCGCAGGAAUAUUUUCCGGCUGUGGUAUUGGAACCACCCCAACUUUACGCAGGCUCGGAAGAUCCAUCUCUUGUCCUUGUACGCCUUCGUCGCACAGAAGAUGAAAUGAAGGUGCCGCUGAAUCGAUUGCGUCCACGCCAAGCGCGGCUGUUGUACAUUCCAUUGCUUUCGCGUAAGCUAAGCUACUCGGCCGUGUAUUUCAAAAAUCCAUUCAGGCCCGUGCCCUUUGGCUCACCAAAUCUUGUGCGACUUUGCCCCGAUUUGUCAAGUGGUCUUCAGCUGUACCAGCUGGUUUGGGAACGCGUAAAAAGCUAUGUAGGUCCGAAGGCCGCGCCCCCUAUUGAGUGGGAAAGAGACGAAACACAAAAUAGCGACCACCUUAUCGCUAAUCACAUCGACAGCGUUUUUGCGGGACUAGACGAUGCAUCUGUGCCAAUCAAUUCGAGGUGCGGCUUUUUGCUACGUCGCGUUGAAAACAAGGGAUUGACCGAUUCACGUUCAUCAUGGCUUACGCGCAGUUUCGGCUUCACAAUUCCGUGUACAUCGGAGCGUCUGGACAUUUUAGAAGAAGAGGCGAUUGCGAUUGACUGGGAUCUUAGAGUUUUUCAGGACCGCGAGACGAUGGAUAAGAUGAAGCACGUUGAAAACCAUGAUAGCGUCGCCCGAAACGAGGCAAUCGAGAAGGGCCCUGUGCCACUAAAACACUGCUUAGACGCUUUUACAAGCGAAGAAAAAAUUAGCGAAGGCUACUGCUCCAGUUGUAGACUGCACCAAGAAAUGACAAAAAAGCUUGAAAUCUGGCGUCUACCUCCAGUAAUGGUGGUGCAUCUGAAGCGUUUCCAAUACACACAGACAUACCGUCGGAAGUUGGCAUCGCUGGUGGAAUUUCCCAUUUAUGACUUGGACCUUUCAUGUUGCGUUGCUCCUCAUGUUGAAGCUCCAGAAAAGUAUCCAAUGAAGAGGCGAAAAAGUUCAACAAGUAGAGUGACGGCCCCCGCCCGAUUGCUGUUUAAGCUUCGAUCUCGUAGUGAAAGCACUGUCAGUAACGUAUCUACCACGCACAUUGCUCCAAAUGUGGCAACAGAGAGUAGCCUUGGUACGCACGACGAGGAAAUGGCCAAGUCAGAUGAAGGAAAAUUAGAAGAGAAACUAGCGGAUAGCGAAUCGCCAACAAAAUUCGUCGAUGCCGAUACAGGGGGAUUGUCAGAGGAUACAAAGGACGCAAGCUGUAUGGCUACCGACGCUGAGAUUUCUUCUGCAACUCUUACCGAUAGCGAGAGUGCGGCCGCAGCCGAGGCAGCCGCGGUGCGUAAUCGCGUGCGUCGUGGGUACACAAAUUCAAAUUUAGAUCAGUCGCGAUGCCUCGAAACCAAGUACAAUUUGUAUGGUGUCGUUAACCACCAAGGUGCACUAGGUGGUGGGCACUACACAGCCUACGCGAAAAAUUUCGUUGAUAAUCAAUGGUACUAUUACGACGACGAGCGUGUUCGAGUUGUAGAGGACAGGCAGGUCGUCAGUCCGUCUGCUUACUUGCUUUUCUACCUUCGUUCAGAUAUGGAUGACGUUUUGAUAAAGGAUUUAUUUCCAAAAAAUUUAAAACCCGGCAAAAUUACAGAUGAAGACAUCGAACGAUUUGUUGGAGAAGAGGACGAGCGCCGCUGCAGUAUUAUGUAA